AUGGCAACGCGGGCAGGCGGACGCCGUGCAUCGAGAUCGGAAAAUGUGGGAUAUUGUACUGAAUACAGAAAUUGAACGAUGUAAGAUCUAAUUAGCAUCUUGUUGCGUUUUUUUUAUUGCGUAUGAUAUUAAUUUCGUACGCCUGUGUGUGCAGCGUUGACUGUUUAUGUGCUAGGUGGUUACCUUUAGCAGUAAGCUAGCUUCAGUUUCUAAAUACGUUCCUGGAUGCACUGGGAGCUAUUGACCCGGAAUGAGGCGUUUAAAUGCUAAAACAAAGUGAAACUUAAAUGUGCUGCCCGGGGUGGGGCUGAUCAAACUGAAGGCUGUGUCCACAUGAGCGGUCCCUACAUCAGCCCUCGGGUCUUUGAUCGGUAGAGGAUUCUGUCCGAAGAUGUCAUACGUAGCUAAACGGUGCGGAGUGAAGUUCAGCCCCCCGGCUAUCGUUCUAAUCUACGAAGACGCUGACACCGGAAAAAUGCGUCAGAGGAUCAUGCCAGUGAGGAAUUUUUCGAAAUUCUCAGACUGCAGCAGAGCAGCAGAACGGCUGAAGAACAGCUUGCGGCACAGCCCCUACCUGGAGGGUGUGUCCCAGGAGCAGCUGGAGAGGCUCCAUACCGUGCUGCGGGACCACCUCCUGGGCCGCCCCCUGCUCACACCCCGGCCGGACCCUGGUGACGAGGACCUAAACAAGCUGGAGGAUGAGGAGCUGGCUUGCAGGAAGGCCCAGAUGGACGAGCUCUUCGAGCGGAACCGUAGGAGAGAGGAAGACCCGGAUUUUGUCUACGACUUGGAAGUGGAGUUUCCCGAGUCGGAUGCCCGCGAGCCCUGCAGCUGGGACGAGGAUGAGUCCGAUGACGCCUUCUAGCCCCCCCCCCCCCACUACACGCCCGACAAUAACACUCGGAGGCUUUGAAAUGGGGGGGGCGUGUACCCAACAAUAUUAAAUUUGGAUUCUUUCAUCCCCCCAAUAAAUAGUCCUUUCUAUUUCCAUUUUUAGUUAUGUACCCUCAAUAUCAAACUCUCCUACACAUUGAACAUGCUCCCAUGUAUAGACGCAUUUGUUCAGUUAUUUUGGUUAAAUGUGUGCAAAUACCCAGCAUGUAGUUCUACAUGCCUCCUUGUGAUACUCCAACUGGGACAGUGGAUGGAGCUACAAGGACAGGAAGAGGGAGCAUUUGGGUACAGGAAGACAAAUGAUAGACGUCAGCCUACUCUGCUUCUUUCAGUCUCCUGAUGUCACGAGACCUCCAGGGACCAUUUAAAAACUCCUCCCUACUGAAAUGAACAAUAGGCACCUGUUUUUCAUCAGCUAAUAAUAAUUCUCCAGGGACCCAAAACAGUGGUGCUCUAAAAGCAGGAAUGCACACAGGCCAUACUGUUGUGAAGCUACGGAUAUUGAACUGUGUAUUACAGACACUACACUCAGUGAACUGCACAUGUUGACCAGAACAUUUAUUCUGAGAAGAGUGAUCUCAAGUCCAGAUCUGACCCUCUUAUGAUAAAUGGCUGUUUAUGAAAUAAAGCUUUUUUUUCUGACAGUA